CCCAAAACCCAUUUCGCUUCUUUCCUCAUUCGUCAUUUCACAAACACUUUUUUUUUUUUGGAGAUUUCCAAUGGCUUCUUCUUCUUCUUCUUAUUUGGUAUUUUUUGUAUUGAUUUGGGGUUUGCAGAGCUGCAAUGGUUCUGGUACGUUCGGCUUCAAUAUGUAUCACAGGUACUCCGAACCGGUCAAGUCAAUUCUGGGUCUCGAUGGCUUGCCUGAGAAGGGUAGUCCUGAGUACUGCGCCGCCAUGAUCCACCGUGAUCGGGAACGCCGCCUCGCUUCCACGCCGCUCACUUUCGUCGCCGGCAACAAGACUCUUCAAAUCCCUGCUUUUGGAUUUUUGCAAUAUGCCAACAUUUCUGUGGGGACACCGAGUCUAUCAUUUCUUGUGGCACUCGAUACUGGUAGCGACCUGUUUUGGUUACCGUGUGAUUGUAUGAGUUGUGUGCAUUCCUUGAAGAGACGAUCUGGAGAAGUAAUAGACCUUAAUAUUUACAGUCCUAACACAUCAUCAACAAGCAUGAACGUACCCUGCAACAGUACCUUGUGUAGUCAGCAAAGACAAUGCUCUGCAACAAAUAAUACCUGUCCUUAUCAGCUUGGAUCUCCUUUAGAUGGUCCUAUGUCUAUUGGGAUCUUGGUAGAGGAUGAUUUGCACUUAUCUACAGAUGAUAGUCAAUUGAAAGCUGUUGAUGCACGAAUCACGUUUGGAUGUGGUAUGAUUCAAACUGGUUCAUAUUUGAAAGGUUUGGCUCCCAAUGGUCUGUUUGGGCUUGGGAUGGAUAAUAUAUCAGUUCCUAGUAUGUUAGCAAGUGAAGGGCUUGCUGCAAAUUCUUUCUCCAUGUGCUUUGGACCUGAUGGAAUUGGCAGAAUCAGUUUUGGAGAUAAAGGUGCCCCUGACCAAGCAGAAACACCAUUCAAUCUAAAUCAAUCAAAUCCAAUUUACAAUAUUAGCAUGACGCAAAUAGCAGUGGACAAAAAUGUCACUGACCUUAAUUUUGAUGCAAUCUUCGACUCUGGUGCCACAUUUACACAAUUAAACGACCCUGCUUAUACGGCUAUUUCUGAGAGUUUCAAUUCCCAGGUCAAAGAGAAACGGCAUCCAUCUGAUUCCAAUAUCCCCUUUGAAUAUUGUUAUGAAUUAAGUGAAAAUCAAACCACCGAUAUUCCCAAUGUGAAUCUAACAAUGAAAGGGGGAAACCAAUUUUUUGUUACUGAUCCGAUAGUCCUAGUUUCUCUCGAGAGUGAAUAUUUGUAUUGUUUGGGUGUUGUCAAAAGUUGGGAUGUGAAUAUCAUUGGACUGAACUUCAUGACUGGCUACCGUGUAGUUUUUGAUCGUGAGAAGAUGGUUUUGGGCUGGAAGGCAUCUGAAUGUUACGAUGCUAGAGAGAGUAGUGUACCCACCGCAGUUCCUCCUACCAUGGCACCAGGAGUGACAUCGGGUUCUGUAAACGGUUCCCCUGCGCCCAGUGCUUCCAGUAUGUCACAUGUUUCACCAAGCAAUUCAUCCCACUUCACUUCAUUUGCUGUUACACUCUUCACAUUCCUUUCCCUUCUCAUCCACUCUUCUCUCGCGGCGCCUUUUUAAUCCUGUAUUUUCUUUUAGUUUUGCUGUAUAAUCAACAUCAAAUCGGAGGCACUUGUAGCUUCCCUUUUUUUUUUUUUUUUUUUUUUUUUUUUUUAAUUUUUAAUACAUAGUAUUUUUAGCAUUAAAUCAAACAUUGGAUUGAAAUAGUGGUUUUAUUUAUCAGCAUACCUAUGUAUAAUAAUGGAGAGACCACUUGUAUGCCUUUUGGAUGCUGCAGUUAGUUGCUUAGUUUCAUAAGUAUAUAUUUUUGGAGCUCCUUUGAAAUAAAUUGACUUCUGGAUCA